AUGGAUAAGCUAAAAACGGUGUAUUUGGAUUCGGCCCUGAGCAUAAUCAAAGGGGCCCUGUGCGUCAUCCUCCAGAUACCCACCAGCAGGACGACGGAAAGCGUAAAAAGAAAGCCGAACAACAAUGGUGUCCUGAGCGUGAGGUCCAUCUUGAUGGAGCCGACGAUCAGCCAGUACGAUGACAUAAAGAAGCUGAUUCGAAACAAAAUCCAAGAGGAGGUCCCCUUUUACAACUACCAAAUGAAAAGGGCCCUUGCAGAAAAAAUUUACGGAGACUGCAUAUACGAUAAUUUUGGGCUUUCAAAAGACAUCAGCGAGGUGAACCUCAUAGCACUGGAAGAAUGGAACAUCAACUGCAACAGAAAUAGGGUUCUGCAAAACACAGGCCUGAUAAAGGACAUCCAGAUAAACGAAUUUAAAUAUUUGACAACGAAAGAAUCGUUGGAAGUUCAUUUUGCAGUGAACCCGAAGUACACAUUUGAAGAAUUAAGUAAUAUGUACAAAAGCGAAAAAAGUUUGACCAAUUUUUUAUUAGCUCCAAUUGUUAAGGUGUACACAUCAGAGGAUGAGAGUCUUGUUAGAGGAGAGGCCCCCACUAAUGAAGAUUUUGUGUACGCCCACGUAGAAGAUAUUUUGCAAAAGAAUAAAGUGCUCCCCCCAUCUGGGGUUGAAAAUGUGAAUUAUGAAAGGUCAAAGGAAGUGACCCCAUGGGAUGUAAACAUAACGGAAGAAGGAAUUAAUUAUAAUAAGUUGAUAAAAGAAUUUGGGUGUUCAAAAAUAACUGAGAAUCAUAUUAAGAGGAUAGAACAGCUAACGAAUAAAAGAGCUCACCAUUUUAUCCGACGAGAAAUAUUUUUCAGUCACAGGGAUUUGGAUUUCUUAUUGAAUUAUUAUGAACAACAUAAAUGUUUUUAUAUAUAUACUGGAAGAGGACCAUCUUCCCUCUCCAUGCAUCUAGGUCAUUUGAUUCCAUUUUAUUUUUGUAAAUAUUUGCAAGAUGCUUUUAACGUGCCAUUGGUUAUUCAAAUGUCUGAUGAUGAGAAAUUUUUAUUUAACCAAAACUACUCCUUAGAAUAUAUUAACACCUUGACGAAGGAAAACGUGAAAGACAUAAUCGCAGUUGGUCUGAACCCAGAGCUGACUUUUAUUUUUAAGAACACAGAAUAUGCAGGCUAUUUAUAUCCAACCGUUUUGUCGAUCCAUAAAAAGACAACCCUAAAUCAGAGCAUGAAUGUCUUUGGCUUUAAUCAUUCAGAUAAUAUAGGAAAAAUAUCAUACCCUUCCUUUCAGAUUGCUCCUUGCUUUUCGCAGUGCUUUGAACAAUUCCUUCCCCCUAAUAUUCCUUGCUUAGUUCCACAGGGUAUUGACCAGGAUCCCUACUUCAGGCUCAGCAGAGACAUCGCGGUGAAAAUGGCUCUACACAAACCCGUCGUCGUGCACUCCGUGUUUAUGCCGGGGCUUCAGGGUGUAAACACUAAGAUGAGCAGCACGAAGAAGAAGGACGAAAAGGGAAAGAGCGACCUGGGCGCGAAAGAGGCAAAAGACGCGAAAGACGCGACGGGCCCAAAAGGUGGAGCCCAAAAGAAUACAACCGGCAACAGUGCCAAGGAGCACAACAACACCGUUAUAUUCCUAACCGACACACCGGAACAAAUUAAAAAUAAAAUUAACAAGUAUGCCUUUAGCGGGGGAGGAGCCACGAUUGAGGAACACAGAGCAAAGGGAGGCAAUUUGGAGAAGGAUAUUUCGUACCAGUAUUUGAGGUACUUCAUGGAAGAUGACGAGAAGCUGCACGAAAUUGGAGAAAAGUACAGGCGGGGAGAAAUGCUAAGUGGAGAGCUCAAGAAAAUUCUCAUCCAAGUUUUAACUGACCUAAUACAGAACCACCAGCAGAGGAGGCAGGCCAUCACGGAGGCUGAGAUCGCCUAUUUUUUUGACGCCAGCAAGCCAGGCCUGAAGAAGUUCAGGGGCGCAUAG